AUGUGCACCAAUGGCAUGUGCAGCGACUUCCAUUAUUCGACGCUAAGACCAGAAUUGCGACGCGAAGCUCUCACUCCUGAAGGUUCAGUCACCUUCCACGCAUUAUCUUUACUUUACGUCCUGACUUUAUCUCCAUUGGGUGCACAACUCAGCAUGACGGAUAAGCUACCCCCGCCACUUUUGGCGUUAUUCCAACCCCGCCCACCCCUUCGAUAUCUGCCUCCAAUCGAUCGCGCACCAGAUGACUGCCAAAAGAGCACUAUCUCUGGAGUUGCCCAGUUCCUUGCCGAUGCUAAAACUUUCGCCGAUGAAGUUCCAUACAACGCAACUGAAAGCUGGGUGCAGCGCAAAUUGCGUGAGAAAACUGAGAAGAAAGAGGAGUUGGAGAAGCAGAUAGCAGAAGGACUGCAAAACUACAAUCCGGACAAAGAUCCUCAAGCUCGAGGUGACCCAUUCAAGACUCUCUUUGUUGGACGUCUCAGUUAUGAAGCCAAAGAGGCCGACCUGGAACGAGAGUUUGGCCGAUUCGGCCCCAUUGAAAGAAUUACCAUUGUCAAAGACACAGUCUCAGACAAGAAAAAGAAACCCCACCGAGGCUAUGCAUUCGUUGUGUUCGAGCGUGAGAAGGACAUGAGAGCGGCCUACAAAGAAACAGAGACCCUCAGAAUCAAAGGACGACCAGCCGUGGUAGAUGUCGAGCGUGGCCGCACCACUAAGGGGUGGAAGCCCCGUCGCUUUGGUGGCGGUCUCGGAGGGCGCGGAUACACCAAGGUCUUGCCGCCCUCCCGCGGUGGACCUGGCUUCAACGCACCUUCUGGACCGGGUGGGUAUGGAGGCGGUUUCCGCGGAGGCUUCGGUGGCAGAGGCGGAGGUGGUGGCUUCCGUGGUGGAGGUUUCCGCGGUGGCGGUGAUCGCUUCGGUGGUCCUCGCGGUGGUAUCGGAUACCAAGGCAACCGUAGCGGCUUCGGUGGACAGGCGCCCCCUAACGCGCCCUCCGGCCCUGGUGGUGGACGCAGUGGAGGUUUCAGAGGUGGUAGCUUCGGCGGUGAUCGUGGUGACCGCGGUGGUGGCAGAUUCGACCGUGGUGCAACUGGCAGCAAUUCGGAGCCUGUGCGGCCUCGGGAUAGCUAUGCUGACCGUGAUCGCCGCGACUAUGACCGUGACGACCGUUACAGAGACCGUGAUCGUGAUCGUAUGGGAGACCGAGGCAUGGGAGACCGAAACGGAGACCGAUUCCGAGACCGGGAUCGUGAACGUGGUGACAGGUAUGGUGGCAGCGGCCGUGAUGGUGGUCGUGAUGGCGGCCGGGAGGAUUAUGGACGCAAGCGAAACCGUGAGGAUGAACCUGGAUACGAUGAUCCCCGUUCCAGGAGAAGGUACUAG